CUCCAACCCUCCACUCCGGCCUCGCGAUGAUAGUCCUCGUCCUGGCGGUGUUGCUGCGAUGGAUGUUGCUGCCCUUGGGGCUCUACAAGUCCACCGACUUCGAGGUGCACAGGAAUUGGCUGGCGAUCACACAUCAGCUCCCCAUCUCUGAGUGGUACUUCGAGGACACCUCGCCGUGGACACUGGACUAUCCCCCUGCCUUUGCGUACUUUGAGUGGCUUUUGUCACAGGCGGCGCAGUGGGUGGAUCCCCAGAUGCUCGACGUCAAGAACCUGGACUAUGCCAGUGAAGCUACUGUUCUUUUCCAGCGCAUCACGGUGAUUUUGGGUGAUGCAUUGCUAGCCUUGGGCGCCUUCAGCGUGGGUGGCAUGACCUCGGUGGUCUUAGUCCUUUGGAACUCCACAUUGCUGAUGGUCGAUCAUGUGCACUUCCAGUACAACGGCAUGCUCUUGGGUUUGCUGCUUUUGUCGAUCGCUGCCAUCGAGCGGCAACGGACCUAUUUGGGCGCGGUGCUCUUUUGCUUGCUGCUGUGCAUGAAGCACAUUUUCCUUUACGUCUCGCCGGUCUUCUUCGUCUACCUCUUGCGCUUCCACUGCGACAUGAGUUUCUGGCCCUUCCGCUUACGCUUCGGGCGCCUGCUGCGCUUGGGCUUGGUGGUGCUCGGAAGCUUCCUCGUGCUCCUGGCGCCCUUCUUGUCACCAGUGCAGAUGCCACAGCUCCUGAAGCGUUUGUUCCCCUUUGGCCGCGGUUUGACGCACGCCUACUGGGCACCGAACUGCUGGGCCUUGUACAACACCGUGGACCGUGUGCUGGCGAAGGCGCUCCGCCGGUCGGGAGCCUCCGGCUCCACGGCCGGCUUCGCGGAGGUCUACGAGAGUGCGGUGCUGUGGUCCGUGCCGCCCAAGGCCACCUUCGCUUUGACGCUUCUGGCUUAUCUCCCGCUGCUGCGCGCCAUUUGGCAGGCGCCCGAGCGCGGGAGCUUGUCUCUCUACGUGGCGCUGGGUUCAGCAGUGGCCUUCAGCUUUGGAUGGCACGUGCAUGAGAAGGCGAUUCUCAUGGUGACCAUCCCCCUCUUGGCCUUCGCCCCCUCCGGCGCCGACCGCGCGAACCCCCGGCGGCGCCGGAUGCGGCGGCUGGCUGUGGCGCUGUCGACGGCGGGGAGCUUCUCGGUGAUGCCGCUGCUGCCGUUGGAGAGCAAGGAGACGAUCGUGAAAUGGAUUCUUUUUCUGGCCGGGCUUCUGGUGGAAAACUGGCUGUUGCUGGGGCAUCCGCCCACAGAAGUUCCAUUGGGGCUCACGACGGUGGCGGGAGGAAUUCUGCGCUCGCUGUGGCCGUUCAGCGCAUCACUGUGGCCUUUGGUGGCUUUGGCCUAUGGAGUGCUGGGGAUCUUCAGAGAUGCCGGGGGCCAUGCUUGGCUCUUCCGCGGGCGGAUGGAGUUUCUGCCGCUGAUGCUCACGUCGGACUUCACGGCGCUCCUCAUCUUGGGGUCCUUUUGGUCGCUCUUCAGCUUGCUGCCAUCUGAAAAGCUCAAGCAGUGAGUUCUCACAUUCUCACCAUCAACUUCUUGAAACUCUGACUAUGGGGCACCAAUCCAAGCCCAUAGUAUACGAUC